CACCUCCUCCGCUUGAACAUGAGAAGCAGAUGAUGAAGUUCCAGUCUAACUCGGGCUGUCCGAUGGUCAUCAUGUUCAGCCUGAACAGAGCAGCUGUGUUCUUCAUGCAGCUGUUCCACAUGAGGAUGGUGUUUGCAGCAACUUCAAUAGAUUACUCAAGGAAUAUGCUGGCGUUCAGAGGAAGCACGGUCGUCCUCACAUGCAACAUAUCCAAGUCAAACCAGACAAAAAUCAGCUGGACUAAUGGCAGAUUUAAGUUUGCACGUAACAAUCUCGAUACUCCACCUUCAUCUAACUUCUCCACUAAAAGAGUGAGAAUAGACCCAGAAAUGCCAACAAAUCUAACUAUUUUUCAUGCUCAUGAUGAUGAUGAAGGAAUUUAUAAAUGUGAGAUCACUGACAGUGGAGGCGUCAAUUCUAUUACAUGGAAUGUAACUGUGUCUGAGAAUCAUGAAGGAAGUUUUUUAUCGAAGAAUAUUGAACUUAUACUGCCACCUGCUGCUGGACUGUUUCUGUGCUGCCUAACAUCAGCAGUCUGCUUCUGCUUUUGUAGGAAUAUGCUGGCGAUCAGAGGAAGCCCGGUCGUCCUCACAUGCAACAUAUCCAAGUCAAACCAGACAAAAAUCAGCUGGACUAAUGGUAGAUUUAAGUUUGUACGUGGCAAUCUGGAUACUCCACCUUCAUCUAACUUCUCCACUAAAAGAGUGAGAAUAGACCCAGAAAUGCCAACAAAUCUAACUAUUUUAUAUGCUCAUGAUGAUGAUGAAGGAAUUUAUAAAUGUGAGAUCACUGACAGAGAAGUCGUAAAUUCUAUUACAUGGAAUGUAACUGUGUCUGAGAAUCAUGAAGGAAUUGUUUUAUCAAAGUAUAUCAGGUUCUUCUGGCCGGUUGCUGUCGGAUUGCUUCUAUGUUGCAUCACAUCAGCAGUCUUCUUCUACAUG